AUGUCGAGACUCGAGACCCUGGGUCUCGGAGACUACAGCCGCCUAAGAAGAUACGUCUACCAGAUACUACGGGCUAUCUCCUUCUGCCAUCAACACAAUAUCAUCCAUAGGGACAUCAAGCCAGAGAACAUCCUGGUAUCUCAGGGAGGGGUGGUCAAGCUGUGUGACUUCGGGUUCGCCAGGACAAUGGCUGCACCAGGAGAGAAUUACACGGACUACGUAGCAACACGCUGGUAUAGGGCCCCAGAACUACUGGUGGGGGACACCAAGUACGGGAAGGCGGUAGAUGUGUGGGCUGCAGGCUGUCUCUUCGUAGAGAUGUUGACAGGAGAACCUCUGUUUCCUGGAGACUCUGACAUCGACCAGUUAUACCACAUCAUCAGGUGCUUUGGAAACCUGACCCCUCCCCACCAGGAGUUGUUCUAUAAGAACCCAGUGUUUUCAGGAGUCAGUCUACCGGAAGUGACAGAGACAGAGCCUCUUCAACAACGAUAUCCCAAACUGUCCACUACCGCUAGAGACCUUACACAGAGGUGUCUCCAGAUGGAUCCAGACAGGAGGUCACAGUGUUCUGACCUGCUGCAGCACCAACUCUUCACUAACGAUGGCUUCCACCUCAGGUUUGUCCAGGAGUUGAAUGCUAAAAUCCAGAAGGAUCAGAAAGAGAACUCUCCCCUUCCCAAGAUGAACAAGACUAUCAAGAAAGACAAGGAGGAAGUAGAGGAGAGGACUGGGAAGUACAAGGACUCCAGCAGUACAACAGUCAAAGUGAACGUCACCAAACCAGACGUCACCAAACUCUCCAAAGCUCCAACCACCACAGAGUCUAAACCCCGAGACCCGGACAAGACAAUAGAGUCAACCACUACUAUGACCACUACUGCAGCUGGUAAACCUGAGAAGGCUGACUGGACCACAGAGAGCCACGCGGUCGCGGUUCACCACGGUCGAACCAUCACCACGAGUCUGAGCAACACUAUCGCCAUCAAACCCAGAGUGGAAGAACCAGAGAGGACCGUAGAGGACCACGAUCCAACCGUAGGACCAACCCAGGACCAACCUCUACCUCUCAUCCCUCCCCUCUCACUCACCUUCACACAGACACCUACACACAACCUACUGGCUGUCGUCGCCCAUGGCAACGGCAACCUGGGCGGAGUUGGGGUGGGGCCUCAACCCGGAACACUCGGUCUGAGGUCAAUAGACAAGUCUAAAAGACAUGUAAACAUUUUCAACAGAAUCUCACAGCAAUCUCUCUCCAGUCAUUUCACUGGCAAUCUGAUGGCUCAGAUGAUAUCAGAGAAGAGUGUGAUCCACGAACGUUCCUUCCUGUCCGACCGCGAGCGUGACCGAGGAGACCGCGAGCGUAUGGCUACGGUUGGGAAGAGGAAGCCAGACAUUCUCUUCCCUGAACUAAGAACCUCUCUGCUGCCUGAGAUACGAGGGGCUGAAGGUAAACAGACUAAACCCACCAGGACCAGAAGAAGGAGAGACACAUCCCCUCUAUAGCCACAAUGGAUACACACCACUACACACCACUACAACACACUACAACACACAUCACUACAACACACACCACUACAA